CUUUGAUUUGAUUUGAAGACAAUGUCCACCAAAGAGGUGCUGAAACAGAGUUUUGCCGUCAAAUCAAAGAUUGAAUCAUUUUUUACGGGAAAUAAAAUUCAAAUCAGUUCCGAUGGCCGACAUGUAUUUACCGCGUGUUUCGAUGUCAUCAAAGUGUUGGACGUCAGCGACGGUCGAGUGGUGAACGAAAUCAAGUCAGAGAGCGACGACAAUAUCAUAGCGUUUGGGUUGAGCGCCGACGACCAGUAUCUGGUGAUUGGCCAUCAAAGCGGUCUAUUGAGACAAUGGGUUUGGGAGGACAGGCGUCUGGUGCGCACCUGGAAGUCCAUACACUCGGGCCCUAUAGUCGCCAUCGUGUGCGACGGCACCAACCGAUUGGUGGCUACGGGUGGCGUCGACUCGUCCAUCAAAGUGUGGCAUUUGGGCCAUAAUUACUGCACCCAUAACCUGAAGGGCGCUCAGGGAGUGUUGGGCGCCAUUGCCUUCAGUCCCGUCCAUUCGGAUGAUAGCUAUUAUAUAUACGGAUCGGCCGAUGAUUAUAGUGUUCACGUGUGGGACCUGAUUACUAGUCGACACGUGACUAAAAUGGACGGACACUGCAGUAAAGUGACGGCCAUUCGGUUCAGUAUCGAUAGGCAACACAUACUGACCGCCAGUCGCGACAAACUGGUGAUCGUAUGGAACCGAUCUGACCAUCAGAUGCUGCGAUCGAUACCUAUAUAUGAGUCUCUGGAAUCGCUUGAAGUGAUUGACGGCCGAAGAGUUUCGGUGAUCAAUGCACUGCAAAGUGACAAACUUAUGGCGACUGCCGGAGAGAAAGGUGUGCUUCGGUUAUGGAACUACGGAACGGGAGAUCUGUUAUACACUCAACAGAAUUCGUUGUUAGCCGUCAAACAAGAGUCCGGCGAAGAGAUGAAUGAGAAGAUAAUGAACAGUCAGUUAAUAACACAAACGUUGUAUUCCGAAGAGUUAUCACAGAUUGUGAUCGUUUCGUAUGAAAACAAUAUAUUGUUUCAUAAAAUAGACGACUUAUCGCCCGUUAAACAGUUUGUGGGACAUAUGGACGAAGUGUUAGACAUCGCUAUAUUGGGCGCCAAUGAGACCCAUAUAGCCAUCGCCACCAACAGCCCUAAUAUAAAGAUCUUUGAGUUGAAUUCAUUGAACUGUUAUCUCCUGAAAGGACACACGGAUAUAGUGUUAGCGCUGGAGACUUACCCAUCAGAUCCUACUCUACUCGUGAGUUCAUCGAAAGACAAUGUGAUCAGAGUCUGGAAAUUUGCGGACUCGUUGACUGAGGCCCGGUGUCUGUACUACGGCUCCGGUCACACGCAUUCCGUCACAUCUAUAGCCACGCCAUACAUUCGCUGCCAAUUUGUGGUGACCGGCAGCGAAGACACCACUUUGAAGGUGUGGAAGAUUCCCAAGAAAUCGACCGAUGAUUCCAGCGAUGAAAAGCCGACGGCAUUGUCGGCAAAGUAUACACAAAGAGCUCACGAGAAGACUAUUAAUGCCAUCGCGUUGUCUCCUAAUGAUCAGUUGAUUGCCAGCGGAUCU